AUGGUCAAAUCCUGCACUAACGACGAGAUUCAAAGUGAUUGGGAAUCAUGGGUGGAGAAUCCUGUUAUGCCUUCAAGUCUUGACCUGUUAUCAAGUACUAAUGUGGUGGUAGGGGGAUCUCCGAAGUUCAAUAUCCACAGCAUUGAUUUCGGCUGGGGUGCACCAUUAGUUAGUCGAUACGGGAGCAACUACAGGUCUGAAGGGUUGAUUAUGGCCGACGCUGGUCCAGUCAAUGGAGUUAUAACCAUCGGCAUUUGCCUGCCUUUGGAGAUAUUAAGGGCCUUAGAGAACGAUGUGGAGUUCAUGGAGACUGUUUGCACAGUCUUACCACCAGAGUAUUCCACCACCAAGAUCAAUCCUUUGUCUAAGUUAUAG